GCUACCACGGCGACGGCCGGACACUCUUCGCGCGGCUCUGCCGGGCCCUGCCAGAGCUCCCGAAACUUCGAGUGCUCGACCUCGAGCUCGACGGGCACGGCAGCAUUGACAAGGCCCGAGUCCUGGCCGCGGGCCUCGGCCAACAAAAGGAACUGGAGCGGCUGAAGUUGAGUCUGUAUCGCAACUCCCUGGGCCCGGGCCUCAGCUGCGCUCCGCGUUCUCUUUUUGACUUCCAGCUUGUUGGCGGCCGCCCCCCACUUGGGGUUGGGCCUGCAAGCCGACCCCAUCCAUGUAUCCAUCUCCGUUCUUAUCAGCUUCUGGGUAUUCAGUAG